UGAUUGAAAGCGUCCCCUCAACGGCUCUUUUUCUGUUCUCCUCCCUCUUCUUCAACCCCACCACCUUCUCUCUCUUCUCAGAUGGAAGGAGAAGAAGAAGACCGUCCUGCUACCACUCACUUUCCAGUAGCAGUUCAUUUCUCUUCUUCUCUAUUUCCUUGCCAAACACAAACGCCUCCCUGUAAAAAUCCCCUUCUUCUGCAGUUGGUAAUCUGCUGAAUCGUUUCUCAGACAGCAGGAAUUGGAUACUGUUUGGUGAGACAUUAUGCCGUUUGGCUUGGUUUCGGCAUGGAACAAACGACGGAGAAGCAAAUCACAUGACCUGAAUGAACCAUGGACAUAUAAGCCAGUGGAAAAUUGGCAACUUGAGGAUCACAACCAACCAUCGAAAAGACGACAUGGGUCCUCAGUUUUCACACUCAAGGAAAUGGAGGAAGCAACAUGCUCAUUUAGUGAGAAGAACUUGCUCGGGAAAGGAGGAUUUGGUCGUGUAUAUAGAGGAGUCCUACGGUCAGGGGAGGUUGUGGCAAUCAAGAAAAUGGAGCUGCCACCAUUUAAAGCAGCUGAAGGUGAACGUGAGUUCCGGGUGGAAGUCGACAUCUUGAGCAGACUCGACCAUCCGAAUCUGGUUGCCUUGAUUGGAUAUUGUGCUGACGGAAAGCAUCGGUUUUUAGUAUACGAGUUUAUGCACAAUGGGAACCUACAAGAUCACUUAAAUGGUAUUAGUGAAUUGAAGAUGGACUGGCCUCUUAGACUGAAAGUAGCACUUGGAGCAGCGAGGGGCCUUGCAUAUCUACACUCGAAUUCAGCACUCGGCAUUCCUAUUGUUCAUAGAGAUCUUAAAUCUACCAACAUUCUUCUAAGUGAAAAUUUUGACGCAAAGAUCUCUGAUUUUGGUCUUGCUAAGUUGAUGCCCGAGGGCCAGGAAAUGUAUGUGACUACAAGAGUGUUGGGCACUUUUGGCUACUUUGAUCCUGAAUAUACAUCGACAGGGAAGCUUACUUUACAGAGUGAUGUAUACGCAUUUGGAGUAGUUCUUCUGGAGCUAUUGACUGGCCGCCGAGCAGUGGACUUGAGCCAGGGACCUACUGAUCAAAACCUUGUAUUACAGGUUCGGCAUAUAUUGAACGACCGGAAGAAGUUGCGCAAGGUGAUUGAUCCUGAGAUGGCUAGAAGUUCAUAUGCCAUGGAGUCGGUGGUCAUGUUUGCCAACCUGGCGUCCCGCUGCGUCCGCCCUGAGAGCAGUGAGAGGCCUGUGAUGGUGGAAUGUGUGAAGGAACUCCAAUUGAUUUUCCUUGUGAAUUCAAAAGCUCUGGGCAUCUGAAUUCACCUUGUUGAAAAUGUGAGGUCUAUGAUUCUGUGAUAGUAUGUUGUUGGCCAAGUGAAGUGUCGGACUUGAAAAUAAAGCCAAUUAUUAUUAUUUUUUUAUUAUUAUUAAUUUAAGCGAGUUAUUACUAGAAAUGUUUUAUUCUCAAAUACAUACAUGAACUUGGUAGAAAAACCAGUCAUUGUUGGCAGAUGUACUUUUCCCAGUAAAAGGUAAAAAUUGGGCCGCAAAUACCCGUUUGCAUUGAA